GUUUUGAUCGAGACGGCGAGGCUAGCCACCCAGCCAGCCUUAAACCCUACUCGCCCAAAACCACGAGCCGACCCCGCGACGCCACCAUGGCCGCUGCCGCCGCCGCCGCCAUCUCCGCGGGGGCCGCCAUCGUGCUCUGCUCCGAGCGGGCCCACGCCGAGGGGGGAGGUCCCACCUUCCGCUUUCCCGGCUUCUCCUCCCCCGCACCUCCCCACGCUGCGCCGCCGCCGCCGCCGUCCCCCGCGCCGGAGGCCGAACGGCGCGCGGAGGCCCCAGAGGAGGCGCCCAGGGUCUCGAAUCAUUACCCUCGCACAAGCGCGCCGGGGUUCGAUCCCGCACCGCUGGAGCGCGGGGUCGAGGCGAUAGAUAAGCUCAAGAAAUCGCCGGACCCCAAAAAGUUGUUUGAGCUGAUGAAGAAGCAGGAGGAGACGCGCCAGCAGGAGAUUGCUGCAAAGAAGGUCGAGUUACAGAAGGGGUUGGCCGAGCUCGAGCUUGAGAUGAAGAGGACAGAUUAUGAUGAGAGGAAAAAACUUGCGCAACAGCGAGCUCAUAUACAGUCACAGAUGGCUCGAUAUGAGGAUGAACUAGCAAGAAAGCGAAUGCAUGCGGAGCAUGAGGCCCAGAGGGUGAGGAACCAGGAGCUCGUGAAGAUGCAGGAGGAAUCUGCAAUUAAGCAAGAACAGAUACGACGUGCGACUGAGGAGCAAAUCCAGGCACAACGAAGAAAGACAGAGCAGGAAAAGGCAGAUAUAGAGAGGGAGACUAACAGGUUGAAAGCCUUUGCAGAUGCAAAGGCGAAAGCACAUGAAAAGAAACUAUCAGAAGAACUGGACAGGCGAAUGUUAAUAGAGCGGGCAAAUGCUGAGAGGGAGAAAUGGGUCCAAGUGAUCAAUACAACCUUUGAGCAUAUAGGAGGUGGUUUGCGGACAAUAUUAACUGAUCAGAACAAGCUAGUUGUAGCAGUGGGAGGUGCAACAGCACUUGCUGCGGGGAUAUACACAACGAGGGAAGGUGCAAGAGUAGUCUGGGGCUAUGUUGACCGUAUUCUAGGUCAGCCAUCACUUAUAAGGGAGUCAUCACGAGGGAGGUAUCCAUGGUCUGGUGCCUUCUCACGUGGUAUGACUACUAUGACUAGCAAACUGAAGAAUGGAAGCAACUCAGGGAAGAAUGGGAAUGGGUUUGGUGAUGUUAUUCUAAAUCCUUCUCUCCAGAAGAGAGUGCAGCAGCUUGCUAAUGCCACAGCCAACACAAAACUUCAUCAAGCUCCUUUCAGGAACAUGCUUUUCUAUGGGCCUCCAGGCACAGGGAAAACGAUGGCAGCAAGAGAACUAGCUCGCAAAUCUGGAUUAGAUUAUGCACUAAUGACUGGUGGAGAUGUUGCACCAUUGGGAUCACAAGCAGUCACCAAGAUUCAUCAGUUGUUUGACUGGGCAAAGAAAUCUAAUAGGGGUUUGCUCCUCUUCAUUGACGAAGCUGAUGCUUUCUUGUGCGAACGGAACAAGACCUACAUGAGUGAAGCUCAAAGGAGUGCCCUGAAUGCUCUCCUUUUCCGCACAGGCGACCAAUCCAAGGACAUUGUCCUUGCACUUGCCACCAACAGGCCCGGUGACCUUGACUCUGCUGUUGCUGACCGUAUCGAUGAGGUCCUUGAAUUUCCCCUUCCUGGGGAAGAUGAGCGAUUCAAGCUUCUGAAGCUAUACCUGGACAAAUACAUAGUCAAAGCUGGUGACAAGCAUGAGAAGAGCUGGCUCAGGUUCUUCCGCCGCCAGCCUCAGAAGAUAGAGGUGAAAGGCGUCACCGAUGACUUGGUACGGGAGGCAGCUGCCAAGACCCAGGGUUUCUCUGGAAGAGAGAUCGCCAAGCUGAUGGCGGGUGUGCAGGCCGCUGUGUAUGGAAGCAAGGACUGCGAGCUCACUCCAGGCCUGUUCCGUGAGGUCGUGGAUUACAAAGUCGCCGAGCACCAGCAGAGGAGAAGAUUAGCUGGUGAUGAGCCGAAGCAGAAUGCUUAGGAUGACCAUUUUUGCUUUCCCCUCUUCUACUGUAGGCAUUUACUCUAUUUGUUUCCGAGUAGAUGGCCUCGACGGAGCAGGCGUUUAUCUGCUUCGUGGUCGUUAUUCUUUUGCUGCAGUCCUCACCCCUCUAGGGGUCUUUGGUGGUAGGCGAUGAUAAGAGAAAAGGAUUACAUUAAGAGAAAAGGAUUACAUUUAUCGACGGUAACCUGAUACAGGGUCAUACUCAACAAGCUGGCCGUUUUGAUGCACGA